AUAUUCAUUAUAAUCCUGGCAGUUGAAGUGAAAACAUUGUGUGCGGAAAAUUUGAAUUUUUAACAAAAAACUCGGAGUUAAACAAAACUAAUCAUUUUUUUUCCACAAAUUAAUAAUUCCGUUUUACUCCAAAAUUUUUAAAAAGCCAUUCGAACCAUUGCCAGCUGAACAGCAGCUUUGCCCCAAAAUGAAGGAGUCCAUCGAAGCAUUGCCAGCGGUAAAGCAGCUUUGCCCCAAAAUGAAGGAGUCCAUCGAAUCAUUGCCAGCGGUAAAGCAGCUUUGCCACAAAAUGGAGGAGUCCAUCGAAGCAUUGCCAGCGGUACAGCAGCUUUGCCCCAAAAUGGAAGAGUCCAUUGAAGCAUUGCCAGCUGUACAGCAAGUGACUCUGAAGCCUGGGGAAGAGAAAAUAAUCAGUUAUUGUGAUGUCCUGAGCGACAGCGAUCUGGAAGACCUCAAAAAUGUAGUGGAUGAUGAUGACGAUGAUGAUGAAGAGGAGGAGGAUGAAGAGGAGGAGGAUGAGGAUGUUAGGAUCUCCAGAUCUCAGCACGAGUUCAGCUGCAAAGAAUGGGAGAGGAUGCUGAAAUUUAUCAAGAUUCCACACUAUUACAUCGAACUCAUCAUGGAAGCAAAUGAUGUGGUAUUACCAGAAAACUCCGAGAAAUUGGAGUUUCCAAUCCGAGCGGUUUUUCCAGAAACCGUUCUUCUCAUGAAUGAAGCGCUGGUCUUGGAGGCUGCAUUCCGACUCGGAAUGAAACACUCCACAGAAUGGACCCUUGAAAGCGAUGUAGAUGAACUGGAAGCAGAGAUAAACAGAGCUCGUACCACACCUUUUUCCGUCCAUCGGAAACACUUCUCUCACAGCCCCAACAUCUCAAAAGGAGACGCAAUCUCAGCCUUGAGCGCUGCAUAAAUCCAUCGGGACCAUCUCAGAAGAAGCGGCCCUGUCGCUCCCAACAGCUGAAAUUGUUGAGAGACGAUUGCGGCACUUCCUCCGAUUCGAGGUCUAUCUGCGUUUCCGGGUCUAGGCGUCAACUCAACCAACAUCGCCUUCUCUCCCCGAACACCGCCGAACGUCUAAAAAAUUAGAUGAGUCUGCGCGUCAAGCUAAUUGAUGAAGCACUGAAAGAUCGAUAUGAUUCCGACUCCACCUACUAAACACUGCCGUUCCAUUAGAAUCUAUAAAGCACAUCCAUAUUUCACCGAACACGUCUGAAAGUGUAAAAAAUGAGCUAAAAUAAAUUCGGAGCUCCGUGAUCGGCUAUUGACUAUUUUGCCAAUGAUUACUAUGUUAUUUUUAAGAGAUUUGGAUAUUAAAUGUCUCACGAAAAUUCACC